UAAUUAUAUUUUAUAAGUACAUCAUUAUUUACCUGUAUAUUACCUACUACAAUAUAUUAUUUUUUAUUUGCCGAUGACUGAAUUAAUUUAAGAAAUAUGUUGGUGUUUAAUUAGAAUUAAGAUAAUUCCGCCCAACUUGCUGUUUAGAUAUGAGUAAAAGAAGUUUAUUUUUAAUAGCAUUUAUUUUCUUUAUUAAUGUAAAAUUAAUUCAAUGUAAUGAAUUACCACCAUGUUACAACCAGCCUGCAGAAUCUUGUCCAUUACAAAAUAAAUGUAAAUGUGUGAAAACUGGUGAAUCGGCAUUAUUUUGCUGCCAAGUUCAGUCAAAUGAAGAUUUGAUAAAAAACUUUGAGUGUUCAGGUGCUAAGUUAUCAACAAUUACAGCUUUACACAUAUACAACAUGACAGCUGACAAUUUUAAUUUUGGAAAAUUUUCACCAGAAUUAAGCCGUUUGAUCUCAUUUUCAAUUACAAAUAGUUAUAUUAACCGACUUCUUGGUCGUUUAGAGUAUAUGCAUCAAAUCACUUGCUUAAAUUUAUCGAACAAUGCUUUUGGUACAGAAUGGCAAGAUCCUUUAGCAUUGGAAAAUCUUAAAAUGUUAGGUAUGUUAGAUUUUUCCAAUGUAAAUAUAUCAAGUUUACCUACCAUAAAAAGUCAAGUGCCAAUGUUUUGGCUGGAUGUUUCAAAUAACAUAAAAAUUCAUUGUUCAAGUCUUCUAGAGCUUAUGGAAAGAUCAAGAAAUGCCAAGUACAAAUUGUACUUUAAAAAAUAUAAUGAAACAUUUUGUAUGUCAUCACUGUCAUUUCAUUGGUUCAACUCUACAGAAAAGGUUGCGUUAAAUCAAGUGGAAAUUAUUAACAAGCUAUAUGAAGAUUGUCCAUGGAAUUGUAGUUGUAAAUGGCAUGGCAUAGAAAUGGUACAAGAAACAAAGACAUUGCAUACUGUAGAAGUAGAUUGUUCAAAUAAACAACUAUCAAGUUUACCUGAAAACCUACCAGAGAACACAGUGUUAUUAAAUGUCACCAAUAAUAAUAUCACCAAUAUAGAUGUAUUAGUAUCAGAUCAAACUUACAAAACUUUGAGAUUUUUUUAUGCCGAUGAAAAUAAAAUAUCUAAUCUUUUGUCAUUGGAAGGUUCACCUUUUAUAGAAAACUAUGCUGUUUUGAGUUUGAAAUUAAAUCAGUUGAAAACAUUGCCUAUGUAUAUACUUCAAAAUUCCUUUACUAGAUUUGAAGGACAUAUUGUGAACUUGGGUGGAAAUGAACUUCAAUGUGACUGCAGUACUGCAAAAUCAUUAAAGAUAUGGUUAUUAACAAAUCAAAUUCAUAUUCCAGACUAUAAUGAAAUUUUAUGCAGUAAUAUGCAAUACAAAUUAAAAGUAAUAGAUUUGGAUCAAAAAUUAGUGUGCAUUAAAAAAGCUGAUUGGACACACUAUAUGUAUUACGUGAUUGCUGCAGAAUUGUCAGUACUUUUGCUGUUGAUUGGAAAAGUGUCAUAUGAUUAUUGGGUAUUCAAAACAGCUGGAUAUUUGCCAUGGCCUGCGUCCAAAAUGCCAAAACUCCCUUGUGACUGGAUAUUUGAGUGAUGGAAUAUUGCUUCAUGUGCUUAAAAGAAAUAUUGUAAUACACAUUAGUAAUCUUUAAGAAGACUGUUUUAUUAUGAGCUAUUAAUAACAAAUACAAACGCUACAUAUGCUAACAAUAAGUUACCUUAGUGCCUUAAACAUUGUGCCUUGAUAUAUUAUUUAUUAUAUAAGAUUAUUAUAUUUAUAUAUUUUAAUACUGUUUGAGAAAUUUUUCGAACAAAAAUUAUUUUUAGUUAUUUUUUAAUAUUUACUAAUUACUAAGCUUUAAUAUGGUUGAUCAAAUCAAAAUGUUAAAACAGACUUACCAAAAUUGUAAAUGUUUUAAAUUACUUAAAAAGUUCAGAUCUUAUUUUAUAUUUAUGUUCACAGUGGAGUUCACACUA